AUGUUUUUUUUCUUAUCCAUUGUUUUACUUUUUUUGGCUUCGUGUGGGGCCAGUGGUUUACUCCCACUGGACGUGAUUCCCGAACGCCUUAAUCGCGGGGAGCUUUUUUGCUCACCCGUUGGUGAAGGCGGUGGUAACCUUUUCGACGAGGAAUAUUUUAAUAAGACUCCGGCAACAUUUCGGCAGCUUGUGGAUCAUUCGAAAAAUGGAAGCUCUACGUUUGAUCAACGUUAUUGGGUGGAUUAUUCAGCGUGGAAUAACAGUGAAUUGGCCAUGCUUUAUAUCCGAAUCGGAUCUGGGGAUUUUACUUCUCCCAGAGGAUACCCUGGAAUGUACGGGCAUGAACGAAAUAUGUUGCUUUUUACUUUGGAAGGUCGAUACUAUGGAAAAAGUCUUCCGUUUCCUUUGACGGAGACAGAAAAACUGAAAAAGUACCUCAAUGUGGAUAUUGCCUUGGAGGAUAUACGUGGUUUUCAGAAGUUUGUUGAGGAAAAGCUCCUUCAGAAAAAGCUUCGUUGGCUUAUAGUGGGAGGGAGCUAUGCUGGCGCUUUAGCUGUGUGGUUCAAGGCAAAAUAUCCAACAGCCGCUUUGGCUGUUUGGAGCAGCAGUGCGGUUGUUGAAGCUCAGUUUGAUUUCUAUGGUUUUGAUGGGCGUGUCAAGUCUGCAAUUUCACCGGAAUGCGUCCGCGAAAUUUAUUCUGUACAAUCAUUGUUUUCUGAGUUGUGGGAAAAUGAAACCGCUCGGGUGAGUUUUUUGAACCGAUUUAAUAUUCCACACUAUUUUGACAAAUCUGGUAUAUUGUACAAGAUGGCCGAUGCUGUGGCAGGUGCGGUUCAGUAG